GAUAAAGAAAUUACAGAGACGGAAGAUCAAUCGUAUAAUUCUACAAUUGAUACAAUUGAUGUAAAUGAAAGCAUAAUAGAUGAUUUCACAGAACAAACUUCCAAUCAGAAUACAUUACAGGAACAAGAAGUUUCAUCACAAACACAAACAUAUACUUAUCGGGACAUUCAAUUAAUGUCAGAUGCUAUAUCCAAAUUUGAGAAACUUUUUUCUAAAUGCAUAUUCUAUUUAUCCCGAGAGGUUCCCAAGUAUUCAUUGGAAUUUGUUAUUCGAUCAUUUGGCGGGUUGGUCGGUUGGGACGAUACGGUUGAGAUAGGAUCUCCUUUCAAAGAGGAUGAUGAACGGAUCACUCAUCACAUCAUAGAUCGUCCAAUUACUAAAGAAUUAAUACCUACACGUGUUUACAUUCAACCGCAAUGGGUUUAUGACUGCAUUAACGCAAAGAACUUAUUAAAUACAAAACCCUAUCAACCCGGUAAAGCUUUGCCUCCUCAUCUAUCACCAUUUGUAGAAUAUGAGGAUGGUGAUUAUAUACCCGUAAAUGAUGCUGAAUUAGAAGGAAAUGAAGGAAAUGAAGAAAAUGAAGAAAAUGUAGAGCAAAAAAUUAAAAUUGAUAUAAAAAACGAAAACACGAGUGAGGGUGAGAAAGUCUUUGAUGAAGAUGAGGACACUAGUGAUGUUAAUGAUAUAAAUAAUGAG